AUGAACAACCCGAACGGGGGCAUCCCGCUCCCUUCGCCGACACCGCCAGCAUCCUCCCCGCUCGACGACAUCGAACUCGACCCCGAAGUACAAGAGCUGUGGAGCUCGCGCGCACUCUUGCUGGUCCUCCUCCUCCUGAUUCUUUCUUUCUGGGUUUCGUACUACCUGAAAGUCCGACGGAUCAGGAGCAUCCAUGAGACGAUCGUCGCCAUGUUCAGCGGCAUGUGCGUCGGCGCACUCGUCCGCCUCGCGCCCGGCCACGUCGUGCAAGACAUGAUCGCCUUCAAGUCGACCAUCCUCCUCAACGUCCUCCUCCCGCCCAUCAUCCUCAACUCUGGCUACCAGCUCAAACAGGAGAACUUCUUCCGCAACUUUGCGGUCAUCCUCAGCUUUGCGUUUGCGGGGACUUUCAUCAGUGCGGUUGUACUCGGCGUCAUCGUCUACCUCUACUCCCUCCUCGGCCUCGAAGGCCUCUCCCUCACCAUCAUCGAAUGCCUCCUCUUCGGCUCGACCCUCUCCGCGACCGACCCCGUUACGAUCCUCGCCAUCUUCAACGCGCACCACGUCGACCCGAAGCUCUACUCGGUCAUCUUCGGCGAGAGUAUCCUCAACGACGCGGUUGCGAUCGUCAUGUUCGAAACACUCUCGCAAUUUCACGGCGAAAAAAUCCACCUCCUCUCCUUCUUCCACGGCACAGGGAUCUUCCUCCUCACCUUCUUUAUCUCGAUGGCACUCGGCGUCAUCUUCGGCCUCAGCUGCUCGCUCAUGCUCAAGCACUCCGAGUUGGGCCGAUACACCGAGAUCGAAGCGUGCCUCGUCCUCCUGAUCGCCUACACGAGCUACUUCUUCUCGAACGCCAUGUCCAUGAGCGGCAUCGUCUCCCUCUUGUUUUGCGGCAUCACCCUGAAGCACUAUGCCUACCACAAUAUGUCACGAAGUUCUCAGCGGGCGACGCGAGCGAUCUUCGGGAUCCUCGCGUCGCUCGCCGAGAACUUCAUCUUCAUCUACCUCGGCCUCUCCCUCUUCACGCAGACUCAGCUCGUCUACAAGCCGAUCUUCAUCCUCGUCACUGCGUUCGCCGUCUGUGUCGCCCGGUACUGCGCCGUCUUCCCGAUCUCCAAGGUCAUCAACGUCGUCUUCCGCGCCCGCGGCGCCCGGACCGACGAGCUCCCGCACAGCUACCAAAUGAUGCUCUUCUGGGCGGGUCUGCGCGGAGCAGUCGGCGUCGCUCUCGCUGAAGGCAUGAAGGGCGAGCAUGCGGUGGCGCUCAGGACAACGGUGCUCGUCACAGUGGUCUUGACGGUCGUCGUUUUUGGCGGCACCAUUCAGCGGAUGAUCGAAAUCCUCGGGAUUCGUACAGGUGUCGAAGAGGAGCUGAGCGACAGCGAGGACGAGGAGGGCGUCUACAAUCUCGUCAAUUCGGACGGUGCGGACGUCGAGGCGCGAAGGAUGAAGAGGCGGUCGUUGCCACUGGGAGUUGGCGGAGGAGGGGUCUCCGCGACGAGCCACCAUUUCGCCAGUCAAGGCAACGGCAGGCUCAGCACGGGUGACUUCGACCAGUCGACAUCGCCUUACCGCGACCAGCAGCCUCGCCGCGGAUCAGCAGGUCGUCUAGGCGCCGCCAGAGUUCCUUCGCCGCGACGACCGCAAGUCUACGUCGCGUCCGACAACUCUGCCUCGUCCGAAGACUCCGACCCGGACGUGCUUCCGUCGCCCUCUGACCCGCUCGCAGCAGAUCCAUCGGCCUCGUCGGCGCAACUCCUGCCAGGCGGCGGACUCGGCCAGGUCUGGUCGGCACUCGACGAGCAGUACCUCCUGCCCGUCUUCAGCAACACGACUGCGAACCGACACGAGCGGAGCAAGAAGAUGGCGGCGCGAGCGAAGAAGUCGUCGUUCGCGGUGGACCGCGUGGGGCUCGAGGGCGACGAAGAGGGCGGCGAGGGCAUGUACGCCGGCGGAGCGGGGAGGAACAAGAGCUUUUCAGACAUCGUCACCGCACUCGUCGCGCCUGCCUUGUCCUCGUCGCAAGGUCCGUCGACGCCCGCCCCUCCAACUCCCGCCUUCGCCUCGCCCAACUCUCCGUACCCUUCAAUCGACCUGACUGCCGCCGCAUCCUCGCGCUCACUCGACACGCGACCAGCUCCUCGCGCCCGCUCGUCCGGCUCACAACCUCAUACGCCAACCGGCUCCGCCGGGUCGUUAGGCGGUCCUGCAAUUCCCGUACAGCCAUUCGGCGGUCGGAGAGGCUCGGCGAUGCAACCGGGAGAGGGGUACGAGCUGUCUGGCGGAUCAAGCGGCGGAACGGAUGGGCGACGAUGA